AUGCCUCACUCCGUCGUUGUCUUCGAGGGAGGCCAGUUACGCGCGCUCCUCGCUCGGGGGGCUGACACGGCCCAGCUUGACGACCGAGGCAACACGCCGUUGUCGGCGCUGCUGCGCAGAGUGACCGCCGACGUGGUUCGGCUCCCAGAUGUGUGCCACUGGUUGAAGCCCCUGAGCAGGGGCGCCGAUGUCGACCGGAUGAAUGACGACGGUCUUUCGGUGGGCGACUAUAUCGAGUUGCUUAGGAAGAUGCCGGAGGCAGCUGAGGUCCUUACGGCAAUCGGCGAACUCCUCCACAACACAUACCAGGUCAUUGCCAAACCCGGCUACGGCAGUGCCUCGACGACAUGGCUCUGCCGCGACCUUCAAAACCAUCGCAAUGUCACGCUCAAGAUCUACCCGUCGGGCGAGGCUCAAACGGCCCGCGAGGUCGCCGCUUUAAGGCACAUCAACAUUGUCCUCGCCACCCGUCCGCCCAGCAAGCAUCUCGGUGCAAAGAGCAUCCGGACUCUGCUCGACAAAUUCGACAUCACGCGCCCCAAGACGUCACGCACGAACCUCUGCCUCGUUUUUGAGCCUCCAAGUGUAUCUGUCGGCGAGGUCAGGACACUCGUGUACAACGGCCGGAUGCCCAUCGACAUGGUUAAGUCUGUCGCCUUUUACGUUCUACAAGCCUUCGACUUUCUCCACCACAUUCAAGAAUCCAACAUCCUCUUCGCUGCCCCGCGGAAGGUCUACAAGCACCACGCCAUCUACUCGAGCCGGGUGGUAGGGCUGUCCACUCCGUCAAUACCGGUGCUCUGCGACUUUGGCGAAGCCCGGUUUGGCGAAGAAGCCUACGGCGAGCACGCCAUGCCCGAUCUGUACCCCGCGCCUGAGAUCCUCUUGAGGAUUGGGUGUGGGUGGGGGUUAGAAUCUGGGCGCUGGGGCUUGUGGACGAAUCUCUUCAACGACACCAACGGCGGGCAGAGUAAAUCGGCCCUGCCGCAUAUGGCGUGCAUGGUCAGCCUCCUGGGCCCGCAGCCGCAGGACUUGUUGGACAUGACGCCUGUGACAGAGGAGUUCCUUGACAAGAGCGGGCGACUAAAACAGGAACACCAAGUGGCCGAGACGUCGUUGGAGGGCUGA